AUGCAGCUCCCGUGGGCUGUGGGCGAGGAGAGAAUGAGGGGCUCGGCGGGCGCUCCGGCGCUUUGCGGGCGGCGCCUUCUUGUCUUUUCGCUUCUGGCCGCCUUAGGGAGCCCCUCAGAAGGCAGCCCCCGGCCUCGAGCGUCCCCCAGCGCGCUCUGCUUCCACGGGCAGGUGCCCGAGAACAGCCCGCCGGGGACUUGGGUGCGGGGGCUGAGGGUGCCGCUGCCGCUCGUCCCGGGCCGGCCCCCGGGGCGAUGGGCGCUGGAGGGCGAGGGCGCCUCUCGCUUCGCCCUGCACUUGCUCCCGACCAAGGGCGCCGCUUUUUUGCGCACGGCGGAGCGCUUGGACAGGGAGGCGCGCUCCGGCUACGCGCUCUCCUUGCGGGGUCCCUCCCGGGCGGUGCUACUGCGCCUGCGGGUCUUGGAUCGCAACGACCACCGGCCUCACUUCCCGCCCAGCCCGGGGCUGCCGCUGGAGGUGGACGAGCUGUCGCCGCUGGGCUCGGAGGUGGCGCGGCUGCGCGCCUGGGACGCCGACGAAGGCGCCAACGCGCGCCUCACUUACCUCUCCGGGCAGGUGCUGGCCGUGAGCUCUCUGCUGGGCAUGCGCCGCCUCAGUCUCUGGGUCUCGGCCCAGGACCACGGCGCGCCUCGGCCCCUGCGGAGCCCGGCCAGGCGCUUGGAGUGGGCAGUCCGGAGGAGCGGGCGAGAGCCCCGGGAGCAGACGGCUCCGUCGCUGCGCAGAGCCCGCGCUCUCGCGGCCCCCAAUCCCCUCUACAAAGUGCGUAUCCCCGUCGGGGCGCCGCUCGGGGAGCCCAUCUUCACCGUCCCGGGCGCUCGCUACCAGGAGGCCGGGGGCAGCUGGUUCGAGCUGGCUUCCCCGGCGGCCGGGGGCUCCUUCCCGGUUGAGUUGGACAGAGGCUCCGGCCGGCUCUACCUCAGCCGGCAGCUGGAGCGAGGAGGCCAGACGGAGGUGAUGGUCAAGGUGCACCAGAUGGACGGGCAAGAUGCUGACUGGUAUUUGUGCCAUGUGGUGAUUAUUGCUGUUGAAGAGGAGCCCAUAUCUUGGGGAAUGUACCCAUAUCCCUAUCUGGCACGGGUUGAUCCUGAAGCCCGGGCAGGCACUUCAGUCUACCAGCUGCUUGCCCAUUACAGUGGCAGUGAAAAUUCCAGUAUUGAAAUAUCAUAUGCUCUGAUUGCUGGUGGUGAAGAACGAUUUGAUGUCGAUACAGAUACGGGUCUCAUCUUGACGACUGGCUUGCCUUUAACUCCUGAUCAGGAGUAUGUGGUCACUGUGUUAGCCAUCGAUGAAUAUGGCAGCAAAAGCCCCUAUGCUUUUAUCUCCAUCUUGGCUGGCACGAGGCCACCUCAGUUUACUAACACAUCAUACAGUUUGUUUGUCCCAGAAAAUACCUCAGCAGGUGAAAAAGUGGCUGUAGUUGAGGCAGUUUCUUUCCAGAGUCACCCUCUCUCUUACACCUUGCUGAUGAAUCCAAGUGGCCUGUUCAGCUUGGAGCAAGGAACCGGAGCGCUAAGUCUGACUCACGCAGCGGACUACGAGAGCGAGCAUCACCUCUACCAUUUUUUAGUGAAAGCGGUGGAAGCAGAGAGUUUGCUCAGCAGUGUAACUGAGGUUAUAGUUCACAUCACAGAUGAAAAUGACUGCUCUCCAGAAUUUGAGCAGUCAAUUUACAAUCGAGAAAAUAUUCUUGAAUCAACCCCUGUAGGCACAUCUUUAUUACAAGUUCUUGCAACCGACUGCGACUCCGGCUCCAACUCUGAGGUCCUCUAUUUUGUUCAAAGUGUGGAUUUUUCGAUCACUCCCGAGGGUACCAUCAGUUCCAGCCAGCGACUGAACUUUGAAAUAGCCAACCACAUGUAUGAAUUCGUGGUCAUUGCUGUAGACAAAGGGCAUCCUCCUCAGACAGGCACUGCAUCUGUGCGCAUUCGUAUGGCAAAUGUGAAUGAUGAAGCUCCCGUCUUCUCCCAGCCUGUUUACAGAACUUUCCUCUCAGAAGAUGCAGGUCCUGGGACUUUAGUGGCCACUAUCCAUGCAAAGGACCCUGAUGGAGAUGGAGUGAUAUACAUAAUUACUGGCGGUAAUGAAGAAGGCAACUUUGAAUUAGAGAGCCAUAAAGGGAUCCUCAGACUCCGCCGAAACCCUGUGCCUAAACUAAAUGGCCCACAAUAUGUUUUGAAUGUCUCUGCUAUAGAUGACAAUUCCUCAGGGGGACCAAGAGCUCUCAGUAGUUUUGCAGAGGUGGUUGUAGAAAUUAAUGACAUUAACAACAACAAGCCUGUUUUCAGAGAGUGUGCUUACUACAGUGACAGUGCCAGAGUGUUAGAAAACCAGCCCCCAGGCACCUACGUCCUGCAGGUGGAAGCCUUCGAUGCCGACCUGGGAUUGAAUGGGAAGGUGAAGUAUGGCCUCAUGCACAGGGAUAGAAUUUCACCAGGUUUCAGCAUUGAUCCUGAUUCAGGGGUUAUCACUACAAUUUGCAGUUUUGAUCGAGAGAAGCAGAAGGAAUUUACACUGUCUGUGACAGCGACUGAUCAAGCUCAAGAACCACUGAUUGGCAUAUGUCAAAUCACUGUUUCCAUCAUGGACGUAAAUGACAACGAUCCGCAGUUCGAGAGCAGCCACUAUCAACAUUUCCUUCGUGAAGAUACUCGAGUGGGAACAAGUUUUCUCCGUGCUGCAGCUCAUGACAAUGACCAAGGAAUAAAUGCUGUCAUUACAUACUCCAUUUUACAGCAGGAGCCUGAGCAUUUCCAAAUUAACCCCAGCACUGGCUGGAUAUAUGUGAAUCACUUAAUCUCCCAGGCAUUCCAGAUAAACAGGUACAUCAUAGCCACCGAUGGAGGGAACCGAAGCAGCAGUGUGGAGCUGACCGUCACUGUCACUAAAGUACUUAAUCAGUUGCCACAGUGGGAGGAAAGCACUUACUGGGUAACGAUCCCGGAGAAUACUGUUCGUGAUACCAAAAUAGUGACUGUCAAAGCUACGUCCUCUCUUGGUGAUCCAAGGAUUACAUACAGCCUUGAGGAGGGUCAGGCUCCAGAGAACAACAUGCCUAUUCGCUUCUACCUCAAACCAAACAGAGCAGACGGAUCUGCUUCGCUUCUGGUAGCUGAGCCGCUUGACUUUGAGACCACCAAUUUUUUCACACUGCGCAUUAAGGCUCAGAAUGUAGUUGCAGUUCCCUUAGCAUCUUUCGCCACUGUUUGUGUUAAUGUAACAGAUGUGAACGAUAAUGUCCCAUUCUUCACAUCUGGGACUUAUGAAGCCUCUGUACCUGAAGGAGCAGUUAUUGGCAGCUCUGUUGUGCAGGUUAUAGCUACUGAUCUGGACUCUGGACUCCAUGGAAAGGUGCGCUAUGUAAUACUGAAGGACCCUGGUGAAGAUUACCAGUACUUCACCAUUGACCCCAAGUCGGGAGUCAUUUCCACCCAGGCAUCUUUUGACAGAGAAAAGAGAGUGUCAUAUUUGAUUGAAGUUCAGUCUUGUGAUUCUUCUGAUUCGGCCAGGCCUGGUAUCUAUGGGCAGCCUAACACAGAUAUAGCAUAUGUGCGGAUUUUGAUUAGUGAUGUGAAUGACAAUGCUCCUGCUUUCCCACAUUCAGUGUAUGAAAUUAAUGUAGAUGAAGACAAGGAUGUUGGGUAUGUUGUUUUGACAACUACAGCAUAUGAUAAAGAUGAAGGAUCAAAUGCCAAGCUAAGAUACCAGAUUACUUCAGGGAAUGUACGAGGAGAUUUUGAUGUGGAACCUGAAGCUGGAACCAUCUUGAUUGCUCAGCGUCUAGAUUAUGAAGAAGAGCAAUGUUAUGAGCUUCAGCUGGUAGCCUCUGAUGGAAAAUGGGAGAACCACACUCUACUUGUCAUCAGGGUAAUUAAUAAGAAUGAUGAAGCUCCAGUGUUCGCUCAGAACGAGUAUCACAGCAGCAUCUUAGAGGAACUUACAGAUCUUCCUGUAGUAGUUUUACAGGUUUCUGCUAUUGACCCUGAUCAGGCAGCUGAUCAGAGCACUCUUCACUAUUCGCUGCAUGGACAGGGUGCCCAAAGUGAAUUCAGUAUCGAUGAAUACACUGGGGAAAUAAUUGCAAAUGAGAAGUUAGACCGAGAAAAGCGAUCUGUAUGGCGCUUCCUAGUCCUUGCUACAGAUGAAGACGGUGAGGGUCUAACAGGCUUUGCAGAUGUAAUCAUAGAAGUGACUGAUGUGAAUGACAAUCCACCUCUUUUCCUUUGUAUCUCGGACGGUUGCUUUAUGGGAAAAAUCCCCGAGGAUUCUCCAGCUGACUCCAGUGUAAUGGAGAUGUCAGCAAUUGAUCUUGAUGAUCCCAGAGCUGGGGAAAAUGCAGUGUUAACCUACAGCAUUAUUCAGAAUGUCCAAAAUAAUAUUAACCUCAACUUGUUCUCAAUCAGUCCAGUUACUGGCACCAUUUAUACUGUGUUGGGAUCUUUAGAUCGGGAGAAACAAGGUGAAUAUCUGGUGGUGGUUGAAGCAAAAGAUGGAGGGGGACUUACUGGAACGGGGACUGCCACUAUCUUGGUGACUGACAUAAAUGACCACGCACCAGCCUUUACACAAAAGAUUUAUACGGCCUUUAUCUCCGAGGACGCCAGCCUUAACGCUGAAGUUAUCAAGUUGUCAGCUAUCGAUAGAGAUGAAGGAGAAAACAGCAUGGUGACUUUCAGUAUUCUGGACGGAGAUGACGAUCACAAAUUCUUUAUUGAGUCUGACAAAGCAGACAAGUGUGGCAUUAUUCGACUGAGGAAACAGGUAGACUUUGAGAAGCCUCACGAGCGUGUGUUUAACUUGACAGUAAAAGCCGAGGAUCUAGAUUUCUUCAGCAUUGCUCACUGUGUCAUUUAUGUGGAAGACUUCAAUGACCACCCCCCUAUGUUUUAUCCACAGUUUUAUGAAGUGGCUGGUCUGGCUGAAGAUGUUCCUCUGGGUACUAAAGUGGUACAGGUUAUUGCUCUUGAUCUAGAUUCUGGGCUGAAUGGAAGGUUCUCUUACCACCUGCUAAACAAGUCUAACCCAAAUGGUCAGUUUUCUGUGGCUAAUGAUGGCUGGGUGCUAGUGGCAAGACAUCUGGAUUACGAGGCUGUGGUGCAGUACCAGCUUGUGGUCAUUGCCACAGAUAUGGGACAGCCUGCCAUGAGUGGCAGUGCCACAGUUCUUGUGGCUCUUCAGGAUGUAAAUGAUAAUGGACCAGAGUUUGAGGCUCCAUACAGCCCGGUAGUUUGGGAGAAUACUCCAUCUCCUCAGAUCGUCGCGAUGAACGAAACUUCGACAUUGUUAUAUGCUAAAGACCGAGACAGCCCGUCUAAUGGGGCUCCUUUCUCCUUUCACUUACUAAGCGAUUUUGGCAGCGUGACUUACUUUAACUUGCAGGACUUCAACAACGGAAGUGCAGUGUUGACUGCGUUACGUACCUUUGACAGGGAAGUGAACAAGAUGUUUUAUCUGCCGAUUCUGAUUGCUGACAGUGGCAACCCACCCAUGAGCUCAACCAACACACUGACUGUUAAUAUCGGAGACCGAAAUGACCAUCCUCAUGCUGCUGGUUCCAUGGAAUGCCUUGUUUUCAGUUUCAAUGGGAUCCUACCCACAACUGUACUAGGUCAGAUUCAUGCUCCAGAUAAUGAUGAUUGGGAUCACAAGACAUAUCACUUUGAAGGAAAAGAACCCAGGUAUUUUGUCCUCAAUGAUAACACUGGCUUAUUAAGUAUUAAAAAAGGUACUCCUCCAGGAACAUAUAACAUAAGAGUGAAAGUUACAGAUGGCAUCUGGCCUGAUGUGAUCUCUACUGUAAAGGUGGUGGUGAGAGAGAUCAAAGAAGAAGCUGUUCGCAAUGCGGGAUCUCUCCGGAUAAGAGGUAUCACGGCAGAAGAUUUUAUAUAUCAGUCACCUGAGAGUGAAAGUAUGUAUAACCAAAUGAAGAAGAUGUUUUCAGAAAUCAUACCUGCCCAGCUUGAAAAUGUCCAUCUCUUCAGUGUCUUGAACAGCCCAGAUGAAGUGCGAGGAGUUGAUGUAUGGUUUGCAGUUCAUGGAUCAUCCUACUAUAAAGCAGAAAAACUCAAUGGCAAUGUUGCUGCAUCCAAAACACGGCUGGAGACCAUCUUGAAUAUCAGCAUCAGCCAAGUGGGUAUAGAUGAGUGCUUGGCUGCAAACUGCUCUCAUAGCACUGGAUGCAUCAGCAAGAAUGAAUUUAGUCCUCUUCCAACAAUAACUUCUUCUGGAAGUGUUUUGCUGGCCUCUGUUACAGUAACGAGCCAUUUCCAGUGUACUUGUGACGCUCGGGAGAGGAAGCACCGUUCUUGUUCCUCCUACCAGAUAAAUCCAUGUUUUAAUGGUGGUACCUGUAUGGACACAGACCAGGGUUACAGCUGCAAGUGCCCUGUGGCUUUCCAUGGGCCUGAAUGCCAGCAGACUCAGCGCACCUUCAGAGGACGUGGGUAUGCUUGGUUCCCACCCCUGAAGCCUUGCUUUGAGAGCCGUAUCUCUGUGGAUUUCAUUACCGAAAUGGCUGAUGGCCUUCUGCUUUACAAUGGGCCGGUAGCGCAUGUGAAGUCUGGGGAAACGGAGGACUUUAUUGCAUUAGAGCUCUCAGAAGGCGUUCCGUCGCUAACUUUAAGUCAUGGCUCGGGGGCGCUGUUCCUGCAGCUGUCAAAGGAAGUCAACGUAGCUGAUCAUCGUUGGCAUAAUAUAAAAAUAAUAAAUGAUGGAAAGAAUGUACAGCUGAUCCUGGACCACUGUCUGAAUGUUUCAGUUACGGAUAGAGGUGAGCUGGAAGAAGUGUCAAGCGCAGAUCAAUCUGUCUGUAAAGUUUCUUCUGAAACUCCAGGAAAUGAGAGAUUUCUCAGUGUUCACCAACCUCUUCAGCUGGGUGGUGUUAAGAAAGCCCUGCCGUACCAUGCUUCACAAAAGCACCUCAGAGGGUUUACUGGCUGCAUACGAAACGUGAUCAUUGAUAGCCAGAUGUACGAUUUAGAGCAUCCUGCAGAAUCCUUAAACAGUGCACCAGGUUGCACACUGACUGAUGGAAUGUGCCAGAAAUUUGGUAUUCCCUCCUGUGGUAUCCAUGGUAAAUGCUUGGGUGACUGGAACUCUGUAACUUGCGAGUGUUAUGCUGGCUACACAGGAUCAAGAUGUGACAAAGUUGUUCCAGAGUGGACCUUUGGAAGGGAUAGCUGGAUUCAUUAUGAACUGAAAAACAUGCUCAGUGCUUACAAAAUCCGAGUACAACUUAUGGUGCGCACAAGAAUGUCCUCCUGUACCCUUCUCAGUAUGACCUCUGCUGAUGGAAAUGGAUAUAUUAGAAUGGAGGUAAUUGGUGGACAUUUUGGUGUGAGCUUCGGUUUGGGAGAUGAGGAUCACAUGCUUCAACUAAGCAGUGUACGCAUAGACAAUGGCCACUGGGUCGUGCUAGCCCUAGAGAAAUAUCCCAAUGAAUUUUCUUUGUGGAUUAAUGAUGGUGGAGGGGAUCAUGAGACAUCCUUCAUUCUGGGACAAAACAGACAGUUGGACAUGGAUUUGACAAGCAUUGUGCUGGGAAACCGUCUUGCCAACUAUUCAGAAAGUGAUUUCCAAGGCUGUAUGCGGGAUGUUCGACUGAAUGGCCAUUCUCUUCUGGUGGAUGGUGAAAGUACUGAAUACAGUUUUCUUGUAGAACAACAUAGUGUCACUGUCGGCUGUCAUUCUAGCUCUUGCAGCAAUCAACCCUGCUACAGUCCUUUCCAUUGUGUAGACCUCUGGAGGAAGUAUGAGUGCAGAUGUCCAGCUGGCAAAGUGGAAGUGACAGACAGGCUUACAGGCCUUAAACAGUGUACGUCGUCACCCUGUGGACACUGGAACUGUAGGAACGGAGGUACCUGCGUAGCGCAGUCCCGAGACAAAUAUGUCUGCCAGUGCCCUGAAGGAUAUAAAGGAAAGUGGUGUGAAAUCAGCCCUGUGAAAGCAGGAAGACCAGUGGGACUCAGUUCUGGUUCUAUCUUGGCCAUCAGCAUGUGCCUGCUUGUCUUUCUAGGUUUAUUAGUCUCUUAUACCGUAUGGAGUCAAUGGGGGAGAUCAAGUUUUCGGAAAGGAGGAAUUUACUACAUUCCUGAAGAACGUGAAAGUUGGGAAGAUGUUAGAGAAAACAUCUUCCAUUAUAAUGAGGAGGGAGGAGGGGAACAUGACCUGAAUGCUUAUACUAUAAAUGAUUUAAAGAAACCUCUACAAAGUAUGCCCCAGCUCUCAUCAGGGACUGCUGCUUCACUCCUCAAAUCACUUUCUGGACCACAGAGAAACCCACCCAUGAAUCACACAUCCCAAGGAGAAUCUAGUUCUUUGGUUUCCAGUGUCCCUGACUUCAAACAUUAUGUGACUCAAAUAAUACAGGAAGCAGACAAUGACGUGUCCAGCCUUCCAUUAGAUACUAUGCAUUUCUAUUGCCUAGAAGGCUCUUGUUCUUCAGCGGGGAGCUUGAGUUCCUUAGAUACCUGCAGCAUAGAGGAAGAUCUAAAUUUUGAUUAUCUCAAAGAAUGGGGACCAAAGUUUGUAAAGCUAAAAGAGCUCUAUGAACUUCCAAGUGAACGCUUAUAAAAUGCGGAGACAGGGACCCAGUACAUUGCUGCGACAUGGAUCUUGCACCUAGGAAAACACACUUUAGAAACAUUUUAGUAUCUUAUUAAACAGCACUAAUCAGUUGACCUGUUUAUUAACAUUGGCUAUGUGGGAGCAAUGUUUACGUCUCAUUCCUUUAAAAUGAUCGGAACAUGUUUUUAUAUGUGCUGUAUAAAUAAAGUUAGGAAAAUUAUUUUCUGUGCGUGUGAAGUUGCCUAAAUACGUUGCACUCAAUUUUUGUAGUGAAAUAGCUUGAAGUAGUAGUCCAUAGAUUCAAAUGUUUAUAUUUCAGCCAUCUUCUAUCA